AUUUUUAUCUCUCUCCCUGCCUUUUUCUGCCUCUCCUUUCUGUGCCUGUCCCUCUCUGCAAACUCUCUCUCUCUCUCUCUCUCUGAAAAAAAUUAAAUGCAAAGUCGCAUACACCCAACAUGGAAGAAGAAACAUAGAAGCUCCAUACACCAAACAAAGCUUUCAUAUCAUCCCUAAACAAAAUAGAAAACAGAGAAAGAAGAGUCAACCGCCCCAACUUUCCCAAACCCUUCUCUUUUCUUCAAUGGCCCAGCUCAGCUGGACCAAAACUUAUGUAGCUGCAAGGUAAAACAAAAAAGAAAGCAAAGGAAAUUUGGGGAGAGAGAGAAGCAAAGAAGAAAGAGAAGAUAGGUGCCUUCAGAUGUCCUCCAACCAAACCCACCUCCCUCUCCAAUAAAAACAAUGUUGGGUCACAAAUGCCCUUCUGCAACCCCCCAAAAAAUCCCAUCUUCAUCACUACUGUCUCAACCUCAGCUCUCUCUCCCCCUCAAAAGAAAUACGCAUUUUUAUUUUUCUCCCCCAUCUCUUUCUUUUUCCACACAACCGAAUUAUGUGGGCUUUAUUGGGUUUCUUGUCCUGGUCAGAGUUUUCACAGAGAAAACAGGGAAGGCGAGAACCUUCUCAUUUUCCCCUUCCCUUCCUCUCUCUCUUUCCUGUUUCUCUCCCUCUUUAUUGUUUUGUCCUCCUACCCUCUGUCCCUCUCUCUCCUUCAUUAUUUCAAUCGCACCCAUCUCUCCGGGCCUCCCUUUUCGACUCUGUUUGUUGCCUUUUGUUGCCUCUGUUCUUGACCUAAGAUGAAGAAGAUGAAAGGGUUGGCUGUUAUGGAGUCUUCUCCAUAUGUCGCUCCUGAAGAUCCAAGAAUCAGGUACAAGCACCAGAGUCUCAUGCAGGACUACCAAGAUCUGGAAAAGGAAACAAAUGCCAUGAAAAAGAAGAUGGAGAUGCUGAAACAGCACAAAUUUACACUGUUAGAUGAAGUCCAAUUCUUAAGGCGACGAUGCAAGUACUUAAUGGAGAACCAGCUCUCAUCUCCACAACAGCCGCAACAGCCACAACAGCCACAACAGCCACUUAGACGAGCGAAACGUAAAAAUAUAGAAAUAAAAAGUGAUAACCUCACAAAGGCUAGGAAUACAGCACCAAAGGGGUCUGCUCAAGGAAAAUCUGCUUCAGCUCUUGAUCUAAAGAAAAGGGGGAAAGUCAAGAAUGGAAGGAAAGCAGCCUUGCAAAAUCCCCUGCCACUUUUAAAUGCGAAAGAGGAGAGAACCAUUGUUGGGAGGGAAGCUGCGUUCCACAACUCUGCACGAAGUUUGGACUUGAACGAGAGGGAUUUGAUUGGUAGUGCGCGGGAAGUGGCUCCCACCCCAGCUUUUGAUAUGCAUCAUAGGGAGAGGCUUCGUGCGGGAAGAGAAGUUACCAAGAGAAACCCCACUCCCGUCUUUGAUUUAAACCAGAUUUCGACAGAGGAGUUGCAGAUCAAUGAUCAGCAGCCAAGAGCUGAAGAAGUAAAUAGAAGUUUAGGCACAGGGGAAGGUGAGGAGCUCAAUAAUGAUGUGAAAUUAUCGAGUUUUAGGAGUAAGAAUACUGUGAAUGGGCUUAGCAAGGUAGGGAAGAGGAAGAUCUCGUGGCAAGAUCAGGUGGCUUUAAGAGUUUGAGGUUACAUUUACAUAUUUGCCGAGCUGGGAUUGUUGUUUGCCAGGGCUUGCAAAUAACCCCAUAUGUGCCUUUAUUUUCACUUUUGCCUCCUUUUUUGUCUACAACAAUCAGGUUAUGCAGUCACAUAGUUGCCUUACAUAUUAGGUAUAGAAUCAAGUAGCAAGGUAAACGAAAAACCUAUAUAUACUGAACCUAUAUCAGUUUCCAUGAGGACAGUGAAAAGUCACUGCACAAUCUUCUACUCCUUGAAUCGCUGCAUGUGGUGAGUCAUUUGACCCUGCAAUCUUGCAUCAAUGGCUUUAGGAACAUAA